AAACACAUUUUCCACAAUUUCCACGCGACGAAAGUUUUCGAACGCGCACCCGAUUUUCUCUCAACAUUUUCCGCGCUGGCAACCCUGCGAACUGACAUAAAGACAAAAUGGGCGGCCGCUAGUCCUCGUUAGAUAGUUUGAUUAGAAUUUUUCCUAAUAUUAUAUUGUAAUUAACGUUUGAAUUAAGUAAUUAUAGCUUUGUAAGGUCGUGUUAAAGUGUUUCACAUCGGAGUUCCUCAGUAACUAUAGGCGGAGGUGUGCGUGAUGCGCGCGCCAGCUGGGGGCGGCGUGUCGUGCGCAGGAGUGCCGCGGUGGUCGCACUCCGCGCCUGCGCACCAGGCCGACUACGACAACACUCCCGCGCACACACAUCCUGUGUUCCUCCAUGAUGAUCAUAUUAAUAGCCGGUUUGCCAUAUGGCAAGGUGAUAUAUCUUCUCUAGAAGUGGAUGCCAUCACGAACACCACGGACGAGACGUUGACAGAAUGCAAUGCGAUCAACGAACGCAUUCUGCAGGUGGCCGGACCUGAGCUCAAGGAAGAAAUUAUCACCAGGGGAUAUGAAUGCCGUACAGGCGAAGUGGUUGUGACUCCUGGCUUCGGCUUGCGUUGCCGACACAUCAUCCACACUGUCAGCCCGAAGUACGUGGCCAAGUACCACACUGCAGCGGAGACAUCGCUGCACAACUGUUACAGGAACGUGCUCUGCAAGGCGACGGAGAUUGGCGCUCGGUCCCUGGCGCUGUGCCUCAUCAGCGGGACCCGCACGCAGUUCCCGCCUGAUCUCGCUGCACAUGUUGCUCUCCGCACGAUCCGUCGCCACCUGGAGGCGCACCGGUCGCCGGCGCUGGUGGUGCUGUGGUCGUGGUGCGGGCCCGACGUGGCGCUGUGGAGCGCGCUGGCGCCGCUGUACUUCCCGCGCUCGCCGCGCGAGGCCGACGCCGCGCGCUGGCGCCUGCCGCACGACGCGCACAACCACGACCGCCGCAUCCGCAUCAUACACAACCCCCACUCACACAACUCCGAUACUGCUGAGGAUGACACGUCGACGUACGACGAGGAGGCGGCAGUGGAAGCGGCUGCAGCGUUUGCCCGCGCGUGCGCACCCGACACGCAACGCCUGCUCGCGCCAGCCAAUCAGCGACAGCCUUACGAACGGAGACCGCGCAUCGAUAACCAAGACCAAUAUGAGCGACUUCUCCGUCGCGCGCGCACAGAGGAUCUCAGCGAGAUCUCAGGCAUAGGCUGCCUGUACCAGAGCGGAGUGGACAGGCUCGGCAGGCCCGUCGUCGUCUUCAUCGGGAAGUGGUUCCCUAUUGGAGAUAUUGACUUGGAUAAGGCUCUCCUAUACCUGAUCAAGCUGCUGGACCCCAUAGUCCGCGGGGACUACGUGAUCGCCUACUUCCACACGCUCGCCUCCUCCGCCAACCACCCGCCGUUCUCCUGGCUCAAAGAAGUGUACACCGUGCUGCCUUACAAAUAUAAGAAGAACCUCAAAGCAUUCUACAUUGUACAUCCCACGUUCUGGACAAAGAUGAUGACGUGGUGGUUCACCACAUUCAUGGCGCCGGCGAUCAAGGCGAAAGUACACAAUCUUCCUGGAGUGGAGUACUUGUACUCCGUGAUGGCGAGAGAUCAGCUCGAUGUACCGGCCUUCGUCACCGAAUACGAUAUGACGAUAAACGGUCUCCAUUACUUCCAACCGGACACGAACAAUACGUAAGACGCAGCAUCAACUCCUUUAGCUAUAUGUUCAGAUCGUUGUUACAUGUUCCGGGCCAGUUGCCAACAUCUCUCUGUGUCAAUACGACGAAGGAUUUCGACUGUCACACGCUUCUCGCUGGACCGCAGCGUUCCAAGCAAUAAAUAUACGUACUUAGGUACUAUGAGUAUUGCUAGCAAUACAGAUCACUUAAAAGUGUAUCUUAGGACUACCUACUUAGAUGUCGUUUUAAUCUAACACGGCGCCGGUACAUUAAUACUGUUACCAAACAACUCGGCGCAAAAUAAAAGUUUGCUUGAAUUUUUUUAUAAUCGAUUAGUAGGAUUUCACAAAGAUAUGCUGGCAACACUGCAAUUCGAAUCCGAGUGACCGUUUGAUUAUGAAAAACGGUGACUCGUUUUUAGGCCGCUGUUAUAGUAUUUUUGUGGACUAUUUAUUCACUGUCUGAUCGUACUGUGUUUGUAACGAGUCUCGUUAUCAAGAAAAUGUUACAAUUGACGAUAUUUCAAUAAUAUUGUGUCGAAAGAUUUUGGCGUAGGAUAAAAAUAUGUAUUGUGAGUAAUGUAAAUUACAGAUUCCUAUCAGUGACAUAUCAGAUAACUGUUGGGUCCAGAAAUUCGAAUGAUCGUAAGACUUAGAUGUUAGAAUACGCCAAAACUAUAGAAGGUAUACCGACCCGGUUAAACCAUUCCUACUGUAAAACGUACAUUAAGUACUUAAUUUACCAAAGAACCAUCAUAAAUGGAACUCUAAAAUAAAUCAGACAGUGAAUAAAAAGUACAAGAAAAGUUAAAAUUGUUGAGAAUAUAUUAUCUUGUAAUCUAGUAUUAGCGGUGCAUUUUAUAUUAUUUAAUUGUAAUAAUUGAUAUAAGACAUAUUAUCGAUUGUUAGAUGUUCUUAUUACGUCUGUAUUUUUAACUCUUGCAACCCCGUUAUAUCUAAACCACCUAUAAAGGUACUUAGACUUUUUUAAUAUUUUGUCUAUGUAUUUAGUUGUGAACGUUACAAUGUGUGCUAUUUUUUGUACCUAUAUUAUAUUUUUAUGUAAAAGUAAUAGACGAAACUGUCAUUUUAUUAAUGUAUACCUUCCUACUUAAUAAUCUUGAUGCUGACUAUGCUCAUGAGUGGUUUGUGGGUGAACUUUGAAUGAUCCAGUGUAGAAAAGCUGUUGGAAUUUGCACUCUAUUUUGACCUUUUAGAAAGAGACGAAUACAAGCCAAUUCCAUGCGUUACCCGCCUUCCCGCUCUUUCUGUUGAUGAAACACUUCCACUUGCAGAGUGAGCUUGCGUCUAGCUGGUCUGCCAGUCUCCAUAUUUACCUUAGUUGUUCACUACGUAUUCUUCCCACGGCCCCCAUUCUCUGAAACUUCACUGUUCAAGCGACAGGGUAUUCGUUUAGUGAGUAGUGAGGAAAAUGUUAUUUUUUAAUAUAGAAAAGAGUUGUCUCAUACCGCGUAGAUUUGGUAUCAUUUAGGAAAAAUUAAAAUAUAACAAACCCUUUCUCUAAAUUUAGAUAUUUAACAAUUAAUUUUUACACAAAGGUGCUUGAUAAUUUUUGCAUAUUGAGAUUUUAAUUUUUUACAUACAUAGAUUUUAAUAUAGGCUUAAUAAUGGUACAUAAUGUUAGAGUAAUGUAAAUACGUACGCUGUUAAAGAUUUUUGCGGAAACAUUCACUCUCGCACUACGGUAUUGUAGAUUUUGAUAAAACGCUGAAUGAGAAAGUGAGUUUGUACUAUUGAGUAGUCAUCCAUAUUUUAAUUGGCACGUUAGUAAGAACGCUACGCAGCACGUUUUCGGCCUAUUGGAAAUAUUUAAUUGCUGCUUUAACAUAUCGAUAUGUGGUCGAUAAGAGACCAUACUUGGAAGGCCUGUCAGGAUCCAGAAUAGUACAAACUCACCCUCUCAGGACACGUCGUGAGAUUUCAGUGUAGAGGUAGUCGUGUGAAUUUGUGGUUCAAAUGGCUUGCCGCCAACUGUUUAAUAAGGACUUUCCAUGCAAUAUGUGUGCGGGCUCGACAGUAAUGUUACACUGUAACACCCGGCAUUUAACAUAGCAAGAUAUUGUGUAGUGGGGGAUAAAGUAGCAUAUUGUGUAUAUUCUCAUUAUUUUGCCUUUAACUUUCAUUACAAAUUAUUUUUCUUGUUCUUACGCUAUCUUCCUACCAAGUAGACAUAUGUAAUUAAAUUAUAACAAUAAACAUAAAAUAAUGAGGAUACACAAUAUGCGAACUUAGCCUUACCUCGACAAAAUUGUGUAAUCUUGCUAUGUUAUGUGCCAGGGACUAUGCUAUAGGUCCUAUAAAAUAGGAUGACACAUUUGAAAGGACUGUUAAAAGUCUGGCGGUACUGCCACAGUAGUGUUGCCAACCUUUAAAUAUAAAACACUGCCACUCGCAUGUAGCGGCAAUGCGACACGCCUCGACGUGCCAUAGGGAUCACCAAAUGUACGUAGCCUUGGAUAAUGAUGCAUCUAAACUUUUAACAUAUUUUUAUAAACUUAGAACAUUUUACAGGUUCCUCGUUCCACGAAACUGUGUAGAUAUUUGUGAGUGAAGUAGCUUGUAUGGAUUGUAAUCGAGUAGAGAUUUUGCCAAUUACCUCAUAUUGACUUUCGAUAUUGUUAUAAAAUGCUGUUGUUAUUAUAGAAAUAGGAGAAAAUAUAACAUUUGUAUAUUUAUAUUUAUCGAUCACGUAGUUUAACUGUUAACGGCAAAGGCGUUUCGUGGAACGAUAUUUUUCUUUCUUAGCCAAAGUGUACAAAAAAGAAAAUCUAAAUUAUUUUGUCCGUAACUAUUGUGCCACCUGUUCAAAACAAUUUUUAAAUGUUUAUUAGUACCGAUAGACUUAAGGCCUGAGAGAAAUGUUCUUCAAGAUAUGUGUAAGCGAUCGAGAUAUUUGCUAUAAUAUAAAUGUAAGGUCCCUCUAAACUAAGUUGGUUGAAUUUUUCAAAUGUAACCGCCCAUGUUGCUAGUUUCAAUGUUUCAUGUUCAGUCGACCACGUCUGUGUUAUGCUAUGCAUCUUAUUACCUAAGCAAUAAAGUUGUUAUUCCAAAUUAUCGAUGAGAUGUGCUUGUCAGUAUCGUGAUGCAAAGGUCUAAAGAAAACAUUCUACCGCAUUCCGCAACUGACCUUAGGAAACGACUGAUUUGCGGGGUUAGGAAGUAAAUGUGUGAAUCGUUUGCGUGUUGUUUGUGUGAGUGCAAUAUUGCAAUUUUUAAUAUACAGUUAUAUUUGUAAGUGAUCUUUCUGCAGAGUAUGUUAGCAUUCAAUAUUAAUCGACGAUUAUAAAGCAAUGUAGAGCUGUGUGAUGUAUCGUGAUGGUGUGUUAAGAUGUAGGGUAGUAUGAUAAAAAUUGCGAUGAAGAGGAAUUGUUUUGUAAUUAACCAAUAGAUGGCGUUAAUGUAACGUUUCGAGUCCGGCAAACAUAAUGUAGUAUGUUGAGACUCCUUUGGAGUAAAAUGGUACAAUCAAUAAUAUAUUCCUCUUUAUCGCAAAGCGUAAAUUGCGUGAAAAUUAACCAUUACUUACAUUUUCAUUCGUUUGCUAACGAAACAACAAACGACUGGAAAUGAAUGCAGCGGUUUCAUGUUGAAGAGAUUAUUAUAACCGUUCUACUUAUUAUAAAAUCGUGAUUCUUUUUAAAUUUGAGCACUAGAGAACCUGAGAGUAAACAAAGGCCUUAGAUGUGUUAACUAUUGUUAUGUUGUAUGUCGAGUAUCUUUACGUUGCUAAGUCUAUUGCUGUUAAAUACUUGUGAAGAACGUAACGCUAACUAAAUAUAUUAUAGGAGUUAUUUAAACAAAAGUAUGUGAUCAAGCGAAUGUUGGUUAAGUUUCAUAUUUUAUUAAAAAUAGAGCAUUAAAUAGGCUAUGUAAAUAUUUAACAAAUACAAAAUAAAAUUAUUAAUUUACUAAA